UACAUUGGCACUUUAGUUUCGAACGGUGAAUCGCACAAUCAUUAAAUCUCCCGGUCCCGUUGGAUACCGUUGGUGAAAUCCUCGUGUAUUUAUUGAGUUCAGUAAACGCCUCGAUAUAUUCGAUAAUCAUGUUGAAAUAUAUUAUACUCUUCGCUACUGUGUUCUACAUGGUGCAGUCGCAACGACCAUGGCAUGCUGGUACCGGUAAUCGUCUGCCUCAGGUUCUACCUCAAUAUAUUGAUGAGCGAAUAGCGGCAGAACAAGCAACUCAAGUAGCUCAAGGAAAUCAAAUAAUCCCAACGAGUCAAGGAACUCAAGGAAUUCCAGUGGGUCAAGGGGUUCAAGGAAUUCCAGUGGGCCAAGGGGUUCAGGGAAUUCCAGCGGGUCAAGGAAUACAAGGAAUUCCAGUGGGUCAAGGAAUUCAGGGAAUCCCAUUGGGCCAAGGGGCUCAAGGAAUUCCAGUAGGUCAAGGGACUCAAGGAAUUCCAAUAGGUCAAAAAGCUCAAGGAAUUCCAGUAGGCCAAGGGGUUCAAGAAAUUCCAGUGCGUCAAGGAAUUCCAACGUAUCAAGGAGUUCAAGGAACAUGUCAAGGAACUCAAGGAACGUAUCAAGGAGCUCAAGGAACGUAUCAAGGGACUCACAUUAGUACCGAUAGCACGCUGCUUGGAAAUCGAAUAGGUGAUGAAGCACCUGCAGCUGCAUCGUCUCUAAGCACAACAACUAUAAAUCCAGCUGAUUUACCAGUCGAUGCUCACGGUGACAUUGACUUGAUAAAUAGGAUCAAGACCUGGCCGAGAGAUAAGCAACCUUUUUGGUACAUUAACUGGCAGGCGAUUCAAGCCCAUCGUGGCGAUGUGAACAACACCGCCCGGCCAGCCCAAACGCAACCGAAUUCAAGAUCGUUUUUCGCGGGUUAAGAUGUCGAAUGAAUUGUAAAUCGAACAACCAACAAGACUGUAAAUUUAAGCUUUUGUUUUUAAUAAUAGGAUAA